CUCUCUCUCUGCCCCUCGGCUCAUGGUUCUGCCCCCUUGUCCCAUGGCGGACUUCGUGGUGCCGCGGCACAGCGCCGUAAUGGAGCGGCUCCGCCGGCGGAUCGAGCUCUGCCGGCGGCAUCACAGCGCUUGCGAGUCCCGCUACCAGGCCGUGUCCCCGGAGCGCCUGGAGCUGGAGCGCCAGCAGACCUUCGCUCUCCACCAGCGCUGCUUGCAGGCCAAGGCCAAGCGGGCCGGGAAGCACCGCCAGCCGCCGCCCCCGGCAGCACCCGCUCCGGCGGCUCCCUCGCAGCCGCCUCCCUCCGCCCCGGCCCCGGGCUCCGCCGCUUCUGCCGCUACCUCCGCUUCUUCCGACAGGCCCGGAGCCAACGGCCUCGACGCCGACACCGCGGGCGGGGAGCAGCAGCAACAGCAGCAGCAGCAGCACCCGGGCCGCAGCAGCGCCCUCAUCGCGCAGCUUCAUGAAACAGUGAAAAGGAAACUUGAUAGCUCUGUUUCCCCUCAGAAUGGUGACCAGCAGAAUGGCUAUGGGGAGAUGUUUUCUGUACCCAAGAAAUUGCGUCAUGAUGAUGGUCUUGGUGCUUUGAGUGGUUCCUCCAAUGGACUUCCUCCCAUAUCUCCUCUGCACCAGCUGGACAGCAAAUCUUCCAGUGGAGAUGCUUUGCAGCUUAAUGGAAAACAUUCCCUGGGGCUAGAUAGCAUCAGCAAAAAGUGUCUGCGGGACUCUAAUCUACAGCUGAAUGGAAGCAGUGAUGCUGAUGACUCCUUUAGUAUGGCUUUGAACAAGGAGCUCAAGCAAGAACCAGAUGACCUUCCUUGUAUGAUUCCUGGAGCAGGAAGUUCUAUUUCCCAGAACAACCUGAUGUCCGAUCUUAACCUGAAUGAGCAAGAGUGGAAGGAGCUAAUUGAUGAACUUAAUAGGUCAGUGCCAGAUGAAGACAUGAAAGAUCUAUUUACGGAGGACUUUGAGGAGAAAAAGGAUGCUGACUCGACAAAUUCUGCAGCACAAACUCCAUUGCCACAAGACAUCAUUAUUAAGACUGAAUUUUCUCCGGCAGAUUUUGAGCAAGAGCAGAUGGGGUCUCCACAAGUCAGGUCUAGUUCCUCUGGCACAGCCUUCAUUGGGAACUCUUCCGUUCCUGUUAGUGCGGCUUCUCCGGUGGUUGGUAAUUCUCAGAAUAUGUUUCAGCCAUCCAAUCAGUCAGUGUCUGAAAAUCCUAACCAUCAGUCUAUGAUGCAGCCAUCAAACCAGUCUCAGAAUGUGCAGAGGCCUCUACCUAAUUCUGUAUUACCUGGGCAGAAGACAGGAAGUGCCAAAGACAUGUCAUCUGCUCAACAGCUUCAGCAGAUAGCUGCCAAGCAGAAGAGAGAUCAGUUGUUGCAGAACCAACAGCAGGUCCACCAAUCCAGUCAGAUUUCCAGUUGGCAGCAAUCUGGACCUUCUCAUAGUCCAUUAGCUGUCCCUUAUAGUAUGGAAAAUCCUACUAGCCCUUCAGUUUACCAACAGGAUUUCAGUAACCAGAAACUCAUGAUGUCCAAUAUGCCAAACAAGAGUUCUCCCCGGGCUGGAAGCAGUUAUCACUCUGGAAACAUUUUAAGCCAUCAGCCAAACAGUUUAAACCAGAACUCUGUGUCCAGUCAAAGCUCUGUAUUGGACUAUGGGAACACGAAACCUCUUUCACAUUACAAAGAAUGCGUGCAGGGGGUUACAGUACCUGGGCAGAACAAAACUCCCAUGUUAGCAUAUAUGCAGCAGCGUCAACAGGCUCCACUGCCUCAUAUGAAUGAUGAACAGAAUGGGAUGUUUGUAAUGAAGCAGAAGUCUGGAAAUAUUGCCUACAGACCUCUAGUGCCACAUAGCCAGGAUCAAAAUUCUUCUGCUAAUGUUCCCCGCAUUCCUGUUUCUGUUCCUGGUCCUGGUGUGAAUGCACAGCCUCCCAAUGUUUCCAUGGCAGGUAAUCAUGGCAGCACAGCCUAUCUCAACAGUCAACAGCAAGCAGCUGUAAUGAAGCAGCACCAAAUGCUACUAGAUCAGCAGAAACAGAGGGAACAGCAACAAAAGCAUUUAUUAAUGGAACAACAGAAGCAGUUUCUAAUGGGCCAGAGGCAACUUCUUGCCGAACAGGAGAAGCAAAGGCACCAUAGAGAGCAACAGCUCCAGAGGCAUCUGACUCGCCCACCACCUCAGUAUCAAGACCAGACGCAGAAUCCUUACCAACAGCAGGUUGGACAGUUCACAGGUUCAUCGCCAGCAAUGGCAGGUGUAAAUAAUUUAGGUCAGUCCAACUCCAGUAGUCCACGCAUGUUUUCUCAGACUCAGAAUAUGAUUCAGAUUGGAACAGGGCACAGUUCGGUCACAUCAAAUUCCAGUCAGCAGGAUCAAGGCGUGACUCAGUAUACCGGCAUGCAGAACAUUCAGCGUAGUGGUUUGUACAACAUGACAUCUGGUAUAACGCAGAUGGUUCAACAGCAUGCAAAUUCGAGUGCCAGUGGACAGUCACAGAUGCAAAGACAACCCAGUUUGGCCCAGGGCGCUGCUCUUCCUGCUGGUUAUGGACAGGGCUCCCUAGGAAAUGCAGGCAUUUCUCAGCAGCACAGUAAAGGAGCACUGAAUCCAACCUUAUCCAAGCCACAGAUGACAAGAAUGCCAACAGCUAUUGGGGCUCAAAAUCCAUCAUGGCAGCACCAAGGUAUGUCAAACAUGAACAACCAGGCACAAGCGAAUAAUGGCUUAGGGACCUUUACAGCCGGCUCUGCUUUCCAUAUGCAGCAGACUCACCUAAAGAUGACCAAUCAGCAGUUUGCACAAGGCAUGCCUCAGGUAAGUCUCAACACCAGCAGGCCAAUGGCCUCCAUGAACACGGCUGUCUCUGGACAGAUGCUGCCAUCUAUGGGUGCUCAACAAAGGACAAAUCCUCCCACCCAGCAGCCAGUACCAUCGCAACAGAUUUUGCCAGGCAUGAGUCAGGCUGUCCCAGAUCUGACUGCCUUCAGCCAGAAUCAAAGUCAGCAACUGCCCAACAGAACCAAUCUGCACUGUAAUCAAGGUUACCCAGUGAGGACAUCCAGUCAAGAACUACCUUUUGCCUAUAGCAACCAAUCUGGCAAUAAUGGACUGCAGAGUUUAACCGGGGAUACGGAUCUCAUAGACUCUUUGUUGAAAAACAGGACUUCAGAGGAGUGGAUGAAUGACCUGGAUGAAUUGUUAGGGACUCAUUAAAAUUACAUUUGGGGGAUUUUCUGGAUCUUUUUGAAUUGCAUAUUAUACUUGGACCAAAUACCUGUGGCAUUUAGUAGAUUCACAGGGCACUAGUGGGAAUGUAUUAGAGCUGCUCCCUUCUGGGUUUAAGACAUGAGAAUUGAACACCAAUAUGAUAGGAAAUAGCAUAGUCAUUUUUGUAGUGUGUCUGGAACACCGCACAAGACAAAAGUUCAGGUCAAUUUGGUGUGCAUUCAGCCUUCAGAAAUUUCACUUUUACAGUGUUUGGCAUUGAAGAGUUAACACAAACCUGUGCGGUGGUGGUGCAGAGAGUAACCCUGUAAGGAGACUCCAGAUAUUCAGUGUUCAGGCAAUCUUUCCUGCAGUUAGUACUUAACAGCUUCUUCAUCCUAGCCUGGCCUGUUAGUUAUUGCAAUUAGCACCCUACCUGCUUUUUCUGAAGAGAGUGUGUUCAACAUUUCUUCCUUUGCAGGAUCCCUCUGGUUUGUCAGGGCAAUCUUCU